AAUGUUUUUUUUUUUGAAAAAAAGACCAUACAGUCUUCAGCAGUCCGGACUGCAAAAACUUUGUUUUUUUUUUUUUUUUGGGUCUCUGUCGACUCCGACGCUGUUUUUAGGUUUCAGUUCUAUCAGGAAACUUCUUUCUUACUUACUGGGUUUCAGGGUGCGAAAGAAAGUUUGUUGCUACUGAAAAUUUGCAGUCAUGUCUUGGUGCACAAUCGAGUCUGAUCCUGGUGUCUUUACAGAACUCAUACAGCAGAUGCAAGUUAAGGGUGUGCAGGUUGAGGAGCUGUAUUCAUUGGACCUUGAUUCCCUUAGAAGUCUUUGGCCAGUGUAUGGGUUGAUUUUCCUUUUCAAAUGGCGCCCUGGGGAGAAGGAUGACCGACUUGUAAUCAAGGACCCAAACCCAAACUUAUUUUUCGCCAGCCAGGUCAUUAAUAAUGCUUGUGCUACACAAGCAAUAUUGUCUAUCCUCAUGAACUGCCCAGAUAUUGACAUUGGCCCAGAACUUUCGAAGUUGAAAGAAUUCACUAAGAACUUCCCACCUGAACUCAAAGGUUUAGCUAUAAACAACAGUGAUGCUAUACGGGCAGCCCAUAACAGUUUUGCGAGGCCUGAGCCUUUUGUUCCUGAAGAGCAGAAGGCUGCUGCUAAGGAUGAUGAUAUCUACCAUUUUAUAAGCUACAUACCUGUUGAUGGAGUAUUGUAUGAACUUGAUGGAUUGAAGGAGGGACCAAUUAGCCUAGGUCAGUGCCCUGCUGGCCAAGGUGAGAUGGAAUGGUUGCGGAUGGUGCAACCAGUGAUCCAAGAACGCAUAGAGAAAUAUGCUAAAAGUGAGAUAAGAUUCAACCUCAUGGCUGUUAUAAAGAACAGGAAAGAGAUGUACACUGCUGAACUUAAGGAGCUACAAAGAAAGAGGGAACGCAUCUUGCAGCAGCUGGCUACCUUACAGUCAGACAAAACCAACUUUGAAGCCCUAAACAAACAACUUACGGAAGUAAAUGCAGGGAUUGAGGGUGCCACCGAGAAGAUUUUGAUGGAGGAGGAGAAAUUCAAGAAGUGGAGAACUGAGAAUAUCCGUCGGAAGCACAACUAUAUACCCUUUCUAUUUAACUUUCUCAAGCUUCUUGCCGAGAAGAAGCAAUUGAAACCCCUCAUUGAGAAGGCCAAGCAGAAAAGUAGCAGCUCCUAGGUGAAUUUUCGUGUUUUGAUUAGCUUAAAGUUUACUUGAAAGUGGGAGUUUUGGCGCGAGUCUACAUGAUAGGAGUGAGUUUCGAUUCACUCACAUGUCAAUUUCAAUGCUUUCAGAUCUUUAAAGUGUUAUAUCUGCAGACUGCAAAAUUAUGUGGAUGGUUCUCAUCCUCUUUCCCAAUUGAUGCUGCCCUAAUUAUCUCUGUACUAAAAUUAUUGUGAUUGUGAACUCAUUCCUCUUCAUGAAAUUAAGCUCAUUAUUCAAA